CGGCAAGCGAAAACGUGCGCACUCAAGCAGACUAUCCACACUGCACAUGCACUGCCUUUUGAUUUCGGUGCGCCAACAGCCAAUACAGCCAAUACAAACCACCAACACCACCAACACCAACACAACGCAUAGAGAGCGAGGAUGAGCGCGAAGCAGCAGCAACAGCAGAGGCAGGACAAGCCUGCAUCGGCGUACACGCAGGAGCAGCGUGUGCAAUGCGUCGUUGUCGAUGCCUUGGUUGUGGCCAAGGUGGCCAAGUUUGCCCGGGACUCGCCCGGCAACAAGGUCAUGGGCUCCCUCCUCGGCAUGCAGAACCAGUUCAACCUCGAGGUCACAGACUGCUUUGUCAUCCCCGACAUGAAGAAGGCCAGGGCGAACGACGACGGUGACGAGGACGAGACCGGUGGUACAGAGAUGGACAGCGAGCGCAUGCAACAAUUCAAAGACAACAUGCUCAACGCCAUGCGGGCCGUCAACGCCGACUUUGACGAAGUCGGCCUCUUCCAGAUUUGCGACGCACGCUCUCUUUUUGACCAAACACUCAUUUCCAACCUGCUCGAGUACCAAUCAACCAUGUCUGCGGCAGUGAUCCUCGCAUACGAUCCCACACUGGUGGAGGAAGACACGCUGUCAGUGCGUGCGUUCCGCCUGAGCGACGUCAUGCUCAAAUUCCUUGGUCAGCAGAGGGGAGACCAGCCUCUCAGUAUUGGCCCCGAUGAGCUGAAGGUCGACAACAAGCGCCUGACGAGCUCCGACAUCUUUGAAGAGAUCCCCAUGACCCUCCACACAUCCGUGCUCGCGCGCGCCGCCAUCCCAGAGCUCAUUUCACAGACAAAGCAGGACUCGAGCUUUGAGGAGCUGGACAUGUCGCUGGAGUCGUUCCUCGAGGACAACAUCAGCGCGAUGAUGAACUGCAUUGACGAGCUGUCUGACGAGGCGGCCAAGUACCACCGCUUCAAGGACUCGGCCGGCCGCAACCAGGACAUUGCCGCCUUUUAUCGCGAGUUUAAGGAUAAGAACACCAGGCCGCCAACCAUGCGCGAGCUCCAACAGAACUUCCCCGACGAGCAUCUCGAGACACCAACCGGUGUGCAGCCGCUGCUCAUCAACUCGCAGAUUUCGGCGUACUGCGACCACCUGGCCAAGUUUUCGUCACAGGGCAUCAGCACCCUCUACCUCACAGAGACACCCAACGCGGUCAAGUCCGGUGCGCCCGCACAGGAGCAGGACAACGAAGAGAACGCAGCGCAAGCUUCCGCUUAGCCGUCUCGUUCCGUGUGUGUGUGUGUGUAUGCUGUGUAGGACAAGUUGACUGUCGUUCGUGUUGUGAUGUGGAUGUCGUGUCUGUGUGUAGCUACCCCCAUGUUUGUGUAUGUGUGUGUGUGUUGAAAAGUGGUGAAACAGAAUACAUGCGUGUUCCUUACGGUAUUGUCACGAGUGGAAGAGCGAUCUCAUUUUACUAUUCACGGGCCAAAGUGGCACGUGUGGCACCAAGUUUCUCC